GCGCGCGCGCGCGCGUGCGCGGGAGCGGUGCCGCGAUGGCGGCGCUGCUGGAGUACGAGAGCCAGAUCUUCCUGGAGCUUUUCCACCGCGACGGGCUCGUCGUGUGCGCCCGCGGGCUCGGCAUCGACCGCCUGCUGCUGCGCUUCCUGCGCCUCUACUGCGAGCCCGCCAGCCUCGUGCUCGUGCUCAACACCAGCCCCGCCGAGGAGGAGUAUUUUAUUGAUCAGCUGAGGUCAGAUGGAGUUGUUCAUCUCCCUCGACGCGUUACCAAUGAAAUUGCAAACAACACUCGAUAUGAAUUUUAUACACAAGGAGGAGUUGUCUUUGCAACAAGUCGGAUCCUUGUGGUAGAUUUCCUUACUGACAGAAUUCCUGCCAAUCUCAUUACCGGCAUUUUGGUGUACAAAGCACACAGAAUCAUUGAGUCCUGUCAGGAAGCGUUCAUCUUGCGACUUUAUCGCCAGAAGAACAAGCAAGGCUUCAUUAAAGCUUUUACAGAUAAUGCAGUUGCAUUUAACACUGGCUUUUGUCAUGUGGAAAGAGUGAUGAAAAAUCUUUUUGUUGGGAAGCUUUAUCUGUGGCCAAGAUUUCAUAUAGCAGUGCACUCGUUUUUAGAGAAGCAUAAACCUGAAGUGGUGGAAAUACACGUGGCAAUGACCCCUGCUAUGCUUGCUAUCCAAACUGCAAUCCUGGACAUUCUGAAUGCAUGUCUGAAGGAACUCAAACGUUACAACCCAGCUCUUGAAGUAGAAGAUCUAUCUUUAGAGAAUGCUAUUGCUAAACCUUUUGACAAGACAAUACGUCACUAUCUAGAUCCUCUCUGGCAUCAGCUUGGAGCCAAGACAAAGUCUUUGGUCCAGGAUUUGAAGAUCCUACGCACUUUGCUACUGUAUCUAACCCAGUACGAUUGUGUUACUUUCCUUAAUCUCCUGGAGUCACUGAAAGCGAGUGAAAAAGCUUUUGGUGAGAAUUCAGGCUGGCUGUUCCUUGACUCCAGUACUUCAAUGUUUGUGAAUGCUCGAGCUCGAGUUUAUCGCAUUGCAGAUGAGAAACUGAAUCAGAAAGGCAAAGGCUCAGGCUCUGAAAAACGUGAUGUAAAGAAGGAAAAUGAGCUGAAAAGGGAAUUGGUUCUAGAAAGUAACCCAAAAUGGGAAGCUUUGAGAGAAGUACUGAAAGAAAUUGAAAAUGAGAAUAAGAACAGUGACAACCUUGGUGGUCCAGGGCAAGUGCUCAUUUGUGCCAGUGAUGACCGAGCCUGUGCACAGCUCAGGGAGUAUAUUAUUGCUGGAGCAGAAGCUUUUUUAACAAGACUAUACAACAAAACCUUCGGAAAGGACGAGAAAGCUGGAGAAGUGUGGAUUAUGGACAGAAAAGCCAUCAAGUCCAAAGGAAAUGCCAAACCAGACACAGGGCCUCAAGCAAAAAAAGCCAAACUGACAGCUUCUUCAAAACAAAAUAAACAGAAGAAGCAGCAAGACCGGACUCUAAUCCAAAUGAUAGGGAAAACUGAGGAGGAAAAGAGAGAGGAGGUUGAGGUUGAAGACAACAAAGAAUUAAGUGAUAGCCAAGAAGGCAACACUGAAGAGAUGAUUCCUGAAGAUUUUGAUUUGAACUUGCCCUCAGAUUGUUACUAUGGGAUUUUCAAGGACCCGCUGACAAUUAUCCACCCGCUGCAGGGGUGUGGGGAUCCCUACGCGCUCACUCGGGUGCUGCACGAGGUAGAACCCAGAUAUGUUGUGUUGUAUGAUGCAGAGCUCACUUUUGUUCGGCAGCUGGAAAUCUACAAGGCAAGCAGGCCUGGGAAGCCUUUAAGAGUUUAUUUCCUCAUAUAUGGGGGCUCCACAGAAGAGCAGCGCUACCUCACAGCUCUGAGGAAAGAGAAGGAGGCCUUCGAAAAACUCAUUCGAGAGAAGGCCAGCAUGGUUGUUCCUGAAGAGAGAGAAGGAAGAGAUGAAACAAACUUAGUCCUCCUCAGAGACGCCAGACCUGCCUCUGCCUCUGUUGACACACGCAAAGCAGGUGGACAGGAACAGAAGGGUGUUCAGCAAACCAUAAUCGUGGAUAUGCGGGAAUUCCGUAGUGAGCUUCCGUCACUGAUCCAUCGCCGAGGGAUCGACAUUGAGCCUGUGACCUUGGAAGUUGGGGACUAUAUUCUAACCCCUGACAUCUGUGUGGAGCGGAAGAGCAUCAGCGAUCUGAUCGGUUCCCUGAACAACGGCCGGCUGUACUCCCAGUGCGUGGCCAUGUGCCGCUACUACAAGCGGCCAGUUCUCCUCAUUGAGUUUGAUCCUAACAAAUCCUUCUCCUUGAUCCCACGAGGCUCUUUACAGCCAGAAAUUUCCAGCAAUGAUGUUACUUCUAAACUAACCCUUCUCACCCUGCACUUCCCAAAGUUACGGAUCCUGUGGUGUCCCUCUCCCCACGCUACUGCUGAACUCUUUGAAGAGUUGAAAGAAAACCGUCCCCAGCCCGAUGCAGAAACAGCGAUGGCCAUCACCGCGGAUUCCGAAACGCUCCCCGAGUCAGACAAGUACAACCCUGGGCCUCAGGACUUCCUGCUGAAAAUGCCAGGGGUUAAUGCAAAGAACUGCCGUGCCUUAAUGACCCACGUUAAAAGCAUUGCAGAGCUGGUGACACUGUCCAAGGACGAGCUAUCCAAGAUUUUGGGUAAUGCUGCCAAUGCCACACAACUCUUCGACUUUAUUCACCUGACCUAUGCAGAGGCACUAGCCAAAGGAAAAAGCAAAAGAUGACUCAUGAGAUUGUUCAACACACAGCACAGAUAAUCUUUUCUGGCACAGUACUUUGGCAAAUACAUGAAAUAUUUUAAUAAAUGCCCCUCUAAGAUAA